UUUUUAGAAAUUAUUGAAAAUUUUAAAGAAAUGAACUCACUGGAAUCCUUGAGGGCUAAGAUUGAUAUGAUAAAGCAGAAAUGUGACCAGGCUAAACGAGAAGCCGACAUGGAGAAAGAAGCUUUACAUCAGAUCGAGAGUGAUCUAGGGAGAAUGGAAGCAGAUAAAGCAGCCAAAAUUCAUGAGGUUAAGUGUAAGAGUGAUAGGAAAGCUCAAAUCCAGCAGAUUAUUAUGCAAAGUGAACAAGCUCUGGGCAAAAUGCAACAAAGUGCCACUCAACUGACCAGAGCGAUGGAUGAUGCUCUAGGACAGUAAAUAUUAACCAUUAUUUUUGGAGGGAGUUUUAGUUUCAAUUAUAAU